AUGGCGGCCUUCGCAAAAGCCGUGGCGUUUACGUUCGCGUGUGUGCCUCGUGCGUUUUCGCGGUUAUACAUUGCCGCCAGCGUCCCGUGAAGAUUGUCGACUGCAUCUGUCACGGCGAAGCACUGUGCGAUCGUUGCUGACGGACGACAACGCGCGUACGUCGUUCGGCGGGCCACAAGACGCGACGACGAUGCCGACCGCCGAGAUGCCGGCUGCCGCGAUCGAACCGCAAAAGCUCAAAGCCGUCGUCGCCGUGCUUAGCAUCGUGGUGAACGACUACUUGAGCAAAGUGAACACUCUCCUGCAGGCGGUGCAGCGGCAGCGGAAGUUGCUCCACAUUCUGGCUGCGAUUCGGCAAAAGAAAAGGGAGAGACCGACCACGCUUCCUCGUGUUCCCGUCAACUGCUGCCCUGCGGUGCGCACCCUACUGCUCGACUACCUGCAUGACGAGACGCUGGCCUUCGAGCGCCACUUCCGGAUCAGCCGCAGCACCUUCCGGCGCAUCUCAUCCAUCUUUACGCGGCCCAGGGUGUCGGGCUGGGCACGCGAGCUCGAGCUGCUCAUCUUCCUUCACUGGCUCGCCAUGGGGACGUCGUACCGCGCCAUUGCCAACACUUUUGGCAUACCACGCUCGACUAUUCAUGGCGUGGUGUACCGUUACGUGAACAACUUCGCCGGCCAACUCAGCAUGCUGAUCCAGCCACCCCAGACCGAGGCGAAGUUGCACGCUGUGGCCGAAGGUUUCUCAGAGCUGUGCUCCAGUGAAAGCUUUGGCGCUGCCGCGGGAGUGGUUGACACUUGCUGCAUCACGACGGCGUCUGGCGAGACCUCCGUUCUUGUGCAGGCCCUGUGUGAUUCCCGUGGCCACUUCCUCGACUUCUCCGUGGGAUACCCUGCAAGCAUGGAGCCAGCCGACGUCUUCCGGGCCAGUCCACUUUAUGAGAAAGCCAGCUACCCGCCGCAGGGAUACUUUCUAAUUGCGGGAGAAGGCUACCCGUGCCUUAUGGAACCCUUGACGGUGCUGCCGCCCUUCCGCAAGCCACUCCAAGACGAAGCCGAAGCCAGCUUCAACGCCAUCUGCAACCGAGCACUGACGGUGUUGCACGACGCACUGACCCAGAUAACAGGCCGAUGGAGGCUGGUGUUCGAGAGGCGCCUGCAAACGGUCAGACAGCGGACAGCAAAGGUGGUGGCCAUCUGUGCCAUGAUCCACAAUCUGUGCGUCGACGAAGGCGACAUCUGGUACGACCUGCAGGACGAGCCGCCACUGGGCAUGGAGCCAGCAGGCGACUUCUCCUGGUGCGUGCCGGGAGACGAGGAACUGGACGACGAGGGUGGCCUCUUCGCACGCACAAACUUGGCACAGGCCCUACUGGCUGAAAAUGCUUCAUGCCAGGUGCAGUUGGAGCAUGACUACUGCGGGCCGGAAGACGAGUCCUUGCCGGAAAACGCUGAUGAGACAAUGAUGGAGGUGAGCAUGGAAGAGGGCAGCAUGGGGGUGCAACAACCUGCCGAGGUCGAGGGCACCGAGGAGCCACAAGAGGAAGAAGGGGAGACGGAAGAAGGCGUCAUGAAUCAGGAUUACCUAGUCGCCGCUGAAUUCACCGUGUGACGCAUUAAAGGAUCACAAUUUGUACAGA